CUCGUCAUUGUCGACUCACUGCUUUCCCGUGUUCUUGGUGCCGCGUUUUCAUGAGCUCGACUCUUUCAAUUUCUUUUUCCCCAUAAUCUCGUAACUUUUCUCUUGAAAUAAGAUGUCACGAAUCCCGUUCGGCGGUCUACCUCUUGGAUACGGUCGAAUAUCAUCUCUUCCAGGGCAGGUUCCAUAUGCCUACCCCCCUCUCUUACCAGCAGGUCAAUUGGGCGGUCUCCUUGGCCAACGAGCAGCUCUUGGCGGUCUUGCCCUCCAAAGGGCAUACGGUGGAAUAUCCAACGAUCUUGCGCCUCGGCCAGGGGCUUUGACUGCAUAUCAACGACAAAGUCUCUAUCCUGAAUGCCUUUGCCGGGAUUGUAGCGACUUGCCGCGGCAUUCUGAGGACGAAUGUGCCUAUCUACGACACCGCCUCAAGUAUGGCCGACACGAAACAUCAUGCCACUCUUCAGAUCACAACGAUCACAGGAGAGGCCUCAACUACAAGUUGAAAGAUAUUGUUAUUCGAGGCAAAGCUUUCUCGGUGAGAGCAAGUUAUCUCCAAGAUCAAGUCAAAUUUGAGAAGGACCUGGUCUCUUUCCUGGAUAAGAAGUCUGACGAAGAAGUUCCCAUGCGGGUAGUAGAUAUGUUAGUUGCAUUCAUUAACAAAGAGGAAUACUGCAAUUACGAUCCGCUCGACGAGGCCACUCUUUGUAUUCUUGCGAGUAAUGUCGGGGCAAAGUCCGUCGUUGAGCACUCUUUGAAUGAAAUCAAGAAGCAGGACCGCGAGGUCACUGCUGGAAAUGUGGUGGAUAUCAUCAUUACCAUCAUGCUGUCUUCGAAUGUGCCCGAUAAGUUGAAGGAGUGGCUACAGCAGUAUCUGGAUGCACCUGGUCGCUGGAUAGAGGUUAACACUCUUCCAGAUUUCCAAAGGAAGAUUUAUUUCGAACUCCCGGAGACUUAUAUGGAUCUUGAGAGGAUGCUGGGGUACAGGGAGGAGAGGAAGCUAAAUAGGGGAAGGAUCAUCUCUUCUUCUUAAUUGUUGUAUUAUUGCAUUCGUCAAUGCCCAUACUCCUGCUUGAAGCAGGUCGGAAUUCUUGGAGUUUUUGCACCUGGGGUGGAUAUGCAUAUGAAUUCGGGAGGUGGCUUUUGUCUUGAACUAACUAUGAAUAUGGUAAUUAUGUGUGUGUUGAAACGGUGUCAGAAAUUCGACAACAGAUAAUGUCAUUUACGUAACACAAUCUGUCCUUCCAGUUUGACUUACUCCACAAUUUAG